UCGACGAUUGGGCCGUCACCGUAGCUGCGAAAGGUCUCCUGUCAGUCUGCCACAGCCCAACGACGACUCGGUGCACGUCAUCCGCCCAUCGAUAGCCUCGACACGAUGCCGAAUAUCAUCAAUGACAUUAAGCUCGAUUUUAAGGAUGUCUUGUUACGUCCCAAACGGAGUACACUCAAAAGCCGAUCUGAUGUGGACUUAUUCCGUGAAAUAACGUUUCGUAAUUCGAAAAGAACGUACAAAGGUAUACCAGUGAUGGCAUCGAAUAUGGACACGGUUGGGACAUUUGAAAUGGCUAGGGCAUUAUCCAAGCAUGGACUGUUCACAACGCUGCACAAGUAUUAUUCCGCCGCCGAGUGGAAGGAAUUCGCCGAGAAAAACCCAGAUUGCCUGGGAAAUGUUGCCGCCACUUCGGGAACUAGUGCUGGGGAUUUUGAGCGACUCACGUCAGUUGUCACUGCAGUUCCUGAGUUGAGUUUUAUUUGCCUGGAUGUUGCCAAUGGAUAUUCACAGCAUUUCGUGGAGUUCGUGAGGAAAGUCCGGGGACAAUUCCCUGAUCACACGAUAAUCGCCGGAAAUGUCGUGACUGGGGAGAUGGUGGAGGAAUUGAUUCUUUCUGGCGCUGAUAUUAUCAAAGUUGGCAUUGGUCCUGGGUCGGUUUGCACCACUAGAAUGAAAACAGGGGUUGGGUAUCCACAGCUGUCUGCUGUUAUCGAGUGCGCUGAUGCUGCGCAUGGAUUGAAGGGCCAUAUUAUCUCGGACGGAGGCUGUUCGUGUCCCGGAGACCUCGCCAAAGCCUUCGGAGCCGGUGCAGACUUCGUCAUGGCAGGAGGAAUGUUUGCUGGACACGACGAGUGCGGUGGUGAGGUGAUGGAGAAAAAUGGAAAGAAAAUUAAAUUAUUUUACGGAAUGGCGUCCAGCACAGCCAUGGAGAAGCAUGCCGGUGGUGUUGCCGAGUACAGAUCGUCAGAGGGAAAGACUGUGGAGGUGCCUUACAGAGGAGAAGUCGAGAAAACUGUUCUUGAUCUACUCGGAGGACUCAGGUCGGCGUGCACCUACGUCGGUGCGUCUAGAUUACGCGAAUUACCGAGACGUGCCACAUUCAUAAGAUGCACCCAGCAAUUGAAUCCAAUGUAUGGACCACCAUCGUAAACGUAGAAUUAAUUCAGACUAGUGGAAAUUCCCUCGAUGAUUAUGCCCUCAAAAAAAUUAUUGACCUAUUUAUUUUGUUUUAUUUUCUAAGCGAGUUGCUGAAGUGCUGAAAAUUGUUGUUACAUUCGCUUUUUGCCAUUUUGAGGUGCAGAUGAGUCAGAGAUAAUUAUUGCAAUUAAGCAUUUUGCCAGAAUUUAACUUUAAAGUUCUUCAGGUUUCUAAACAUGGAGGAACUGGUGAAGAGCAUGAAAUUAAAAACAUUUUCGUUAGAUAUUUAAUCCUCCAGAGAAAAUUAUUUUGACAUUCUUCAAUUAAUUCACUCAUUAUCCUGAUAAUUAACGAAUUAACAACGAAUUGGAAGGGAUUUUUGAUUAACUGAAACUCACGUGAUGAAUUCAGCCGCAAUUAUCUCGAGAACGAGUCAUCCCAGGAGAAAAUAUCAUACGACGUUUUUUGUAGAGAAUUCAAUUUCCUACAAAAAUUGUCUUGUCAUAUUUUUUUCCCUUUUGCACAUUUGCUGAGAUAUUUGCAAAAAACUAGAAACAAAUUUUUUGCUCUUUACCACUUGCUCGUGAAAUUUCUUCUUAAAUCAAUUAAUUAAUCAAUUAAAGUGAGUCCAUGUCUUUUCAACUACUUCAGUGACGGAUGGCGGUCAUUGAUGUGUGCAUUAAGUUAUUAAUUGGAGCAAUUUUUUUUUGUUCUGCAUUGUUUAUUGAAUUGUGCGUCCAAAAAGUCGAAAUAUAGUAAAAAAAAUUGAAUUAAUUGAAAACUCAAUUGAAAAAUUCAAGUUAAAUUAUCGACAUUG